AUGUGUUUACUUAGCGAUCACAACACAUUGUUUGAACAGCUACUAUAUAAGUUUUGCCAUGAUUUCGAAGCUCCAGUAUCCACUGCGGAGGCUUCGCCCUGCAGUCGCACGUCGUUCAACUCUAGCUCGGCUGACAACUACUGAGCUUUCGUCAAAACACCAGCCCGCCACCCCCACUAAGUGCCGCACCCCACCCACCCCUCCAACAGCGCAAAGAAGCCCUUUUUUCGCUCUAAGCACAGCUCAAAACCAUUUGCAUCGUACAUAGAAUGGUAGAAGGUGAUCCGCCAAUAAAACACAAGGAACACUGUGAUGUAAAUAAUCAAAGUGCUCUGAACGGUUGUGGAUCCAAGGAACUAAAUCCAUCAAACCUCAUUGUCAAGACUGAAUUAUCAAAGGCCCUUGCCGAUGCUGAGAAAGGUAGCAGCGACAAGGCAGACUUCGAGAGAGCCAUAGAGCUCACGGAAUAUGGCAAAUUUCAUUACUUGCUACUAGCAAUAUGCGGCCUAUUGAGCACCUCGGAAGAGAUGGACGUUAUUGCGAUAUCGUUCAUCCUUCCAUCGGCACAAUGCGACCUUAAUUUGAACACACAGACGAAAGGAUGGCUCAAUUCAAUCAUCUUCGUGGGGAUGAUUGUCGGAGCCUAUUCAGUGGGUUCAGUGGCGGACGCAAUAGGCCGAAAAAAGGUGCUGAUUGCAAGCUCAUUCAUGAACGCUCUGUGCAUCGUGGCUUCAAGCUUCAGCCAGUCAUAUGAGUGGUUCAUGCUCUUCAGAUUUUUAAACGGUGCGGCACUAGGGGGUAGCGGGCCUACAGUUUGGUCCUAUUUUGCAGAAUUUCAACCUAAAUCUAAGCGUGGAAGUAUGCUGUCGUUCAUGGCGGCUUUUUGGACCGUAGGAAACCUAUUUGUGGCAGGCCUUGCCUGGCUAAUCAUUCCUGCGGAGAUCGGCUUCAGAACAGCAAGUUUCGUGUACAAUUCGUGGAGAAUAUUCCUCGUGGUAAUGGCCUUACCAUCGAUGCUAGUAGCUAUUCUACUAUGCUUUUUGCCAGAGAGUCCGAAAUAUUUAUUAACCAGAGGAAAAAGCGACGAAGCCAUAGCUAUAUUUAGACAUAUCUAUCACGUGAAUACGGGUAACGAUGCCGAAGAAUAUCCAGUUAAGCAUCUCAUCUUAGAAGAAGAAUACAAAAAGGCUUUGGAGGAGGAGGCUAGCCAUAAGAAACGAGGCAAAAUCAGCUCCACUAUUUCUAGCAUAUUGGACAACAGUAAACAGCUUUUUGUCUCGCCGAUUUUAAAGUUCACAAUGAUUUCCAUUUCCAUUAAUUUUACGUUUCAUAUCGGCUACUAUGGACUGUUGAUUUGGUUUCCCGAAUUGUUCAACCGCUUCGACGAGUUCAAUCGCUUGAGACCAAACGAAACAGCUAGCGUUUGCGAAGUUACCAACUUCGUGGUCAACAUGGGAAGCCAGCAACACGGUGCUAUUUGUAACGAGAAAAUUAGCCAAUCAGUGUUUAUGGAAUCACUAAUCACAGUAGCGGCCGCACUUCCUAGCAACAUCAUAGCUAUUUUAGGCAUGGACAGACUUGGUAGAAAAUUCUUCUUAGUUUUCAGUACACUUUCAUCGGGUACUUGCGCAGCCUGUAUGUAUUUUGUUUAUAACAAGACCCUUAAUUUGGUAGUAUCGGCUACAUUCAGCAGUGUAAUCUCUUGCGGUAACGCUGCUCUUGAUUGUUUGAUCACGGAAAUAUUUCCAACCAAUUUAAGGGCUACUGGGAUUGCUAUAUCUAUGGUGGCAGCUCGUCUGGGAGGUAUCAUCGGUAAUAUAGUGAUCGCCACGCUGUUGGAUAUGUAUUGCCCGGCUCCUACGUUCAUUGUUGCAGCUUUGCUCAUAGGCGGUGGUCUUCUAUGCUUGUUCUUACCAAAUACAACUCGUGAACCUUUGCAUUAAUGGAUCUAUCUUAAAUAAGAAGAAAGUGUUAAAUUUAUAAAUUUAUUUUUAACAUUUCACAUUUGUUUCAUCCAUUGUAGAUAUUUGUAUUCAUUAUAGAGUUUAUUUUAGUAGUUUUUUUUUGUUUCGUUAGAGUUAACUAGUUGUUUUUAACUUUAUUGUUAACCAGAUAGGUAACUUAAUCGCCAAGUUGGUGGAAACAUUUACUUGUCUGAAAAUUGUCUUUUCUAGUGUGAAAAAUAUAUUAUUAUAAAAACUUUUCUUUAA